AUGGACGACAGCCCGUUGACCGCCGCGAUCCUCAUUGUCUCCACGACAGCAGCCACAGACCCAUCCACCGAUGCGUCGGCCUCCGUCCUUCGCCGCGUCUUGGGCGACCAAGGCGGCAAAUGGACCGUUUCGGCAGAGGCCAUCGUCUCGGACCACUCGCCCGCCAUCCAGAGGCAGAUCCUGCACUGGGCGGACCGCCCCGAUGCCCCAAACCUGAUCAUCACGACCGGCGGCACGGGAUUCGCCGUGGCCGACGGCACUCCAGAGGCUGUCCACCCGCUUCUUCACAAGCAGGCCCCGGGGUUGGUCCAUGCUAUGCUGUCCUCGUCGCUUGCGGUGACGCCAUUUGCCAUGAUGUCCAGGCCGGCGGCUGGCGUGAGGAACAAAUCCCUCGUCGUGACCCUGCCUGGGUCUCCCAAGGGCGCCGGGGAGAAUCUCCAAGCCAUCAUCAAGACCCUCCCGCAUGCCUGUCUGCAGGCCUCGGGGGCAAACUCGCGAGCGUUGCAUGCUGGGGGCCUGGCGAAGUUGGAGUCUGACGCGGGGAUAAGCAGUCCAAGGGCCCAAGAUGGCCCAUGCCACGACCACGACCACGACCGUCACCAUCACCAUCACCAUCACCACCAUCAUCAGCAUGACCCCCACGGCCACGGCCACGGCCACGGCCACAGAACACCAGUGAGGCACACCAACCCCGACGCCCGAGCUCCUUUGUCCAAUGACCCCGCGCUCGGCCCGACCCGCCGUCAUCGGCAAUCACCGUAUCCAAUGCGCUCCGUGGAGGAGGCCCUGUCCCUCAUCCUCGAACACACUCCACCCCCCGACACGUACACGAGUCCGGUAAGCGAAGAAAUCAUCGGAUCGGUCCUGGCGCAAGACGUGACGGCCCAAGAAGACGUACCUUCCUUCCGCGCCAGCAUAGUAGACGGCUACGCGGUGGUCGUCCCCAGGGACGGCAACAUCAGGGGAACGUUCCCGGUAGCGUCAGUGUCCCACGCUGCCCCCGGCGAGAUCAAGCCGCUCAACGAGGGCGAAAUCGCACGAGUCACCACUGGAGCUCCCCUCCCGCCCGGCGCCACGUCCGUCGUCAUGGUCGAGGACACGAUCCUCCAAACCGUGACCGACGACGGCAAGGAAGAGAAGGAGGUGGAGAUCCAAGCCCAAGGCGUCAGGGAGGGUGACAACAUCCGCGAGGUGGGCAGCGACAUUGCCCGAGGGAGCGUGAUACUCCAGAGUGGCGAGCAAAUCUCCGGCACCGGCGGAGAAAUCGGCCUGCUGGCUGCCGUUGGAGUGGCCGAGGCCAAGCUCUACCGCAAGCCCGUGUUGGGGAUCCUGUCCACGGGAGACGAGAUCGUAGAGCACGACCGACCGGGACCCCUUGGUCUCGGGGAGGUUCGGGACACGAACAGAAUCACGCUCAUUUCCGCCGCGAAGCAAUGGGGCUACGAGGUCAUGGACCUGGGCAUAGCGAGGGACAAGCCCGGCUCGCUCGAGGAAACCCUGCGCGGGGGGUUGCGGCAGGCCGACGUGUUGAUCACCACGGGGGGCGUGUCCAUGGGGGAGCUGGACCUGCUGAAGCCGACGAUUGAGCGGUCGCUCGGAGGAACCAUUCACUUUGGCCGAGUGGCCAUGAAGCCCGGCAAGCCCACGACAUUUGCCACGGUCCCCGUCAAGGACAACAGCGGCCGGCGCGUGUCCAAGGUCGUGUUUUCCCUCCCGGGGAACCCGGCCUCUGCGCUUGUGACGUUUCACCUGUUUGUGCUGCCGUCACUGCAUCGACUAUCCGGCGUGUCGCCAGCCGGCUUGCCCAAGGUCCCCGUCGUCCUGGGGCACGGGUUCCCCAUGGAUGCGAGGCCCGAGUAUCACCGCGCCGUGGUGACAGUGGGCGGCGACGGGGUUCUGGUUGCCAACAGCACGAGCACGGGAGGGCAGCGAAGCUCCAAGGUGGGCAGUUUGCGGGCAGCCAAUGCGUUGGUCUGCCUGCCCAGUGGGAAAGGCGAGAUGGCAAAGGGAUCCGUGGUCGAUGCCUUGCUGAUGAGCUCAGUUCGGCAGAGUUGA